AUGAGCUCGGCCUGCCGGUCCUCCCGCUGCUGUGUCGAUGCAAAGUCGCCGGUGAGGGCCAGCUACAAGGUCCUCUACAAGUGGCCGGAAUCUGACGUGGCCUUCGCUAAGUCCGCGGCUGCAGUGCAAAGCCGCCGCCACGAGCUGCCCCACGUUGGCAGCUUCUCCAGCAUUGAGGCACGUGCUCCGGCGGUGGUUGAUGGCUACUCGUGCCGGCAGCUCUACCUCCGGAGCUACACAUUCACCAAGAAGGAGACGGUGCCGCAGCGGACGCGGCGGUGCAUGCGGAAACUCAAAGACGGCACCGCCGUCUUCCCAAUCUUCUCCGCCGCGGCUGCCAGGACCAUCGAAGAUCGCAGCGAGAGCAAGACGGUGAAGAAGAACAAGAUGAAGUCAGCGCUGCACUCCGUCUUCCACAGACUCCUCUUCUGCGCCACCAAGAUCGAGGUGGCGGACUAA